UUUUCCCGCCACAACCCGGGCGCGUUGCCAUAGUGACCGGAGGGACGGAGGGCAUCGGCUUUGCCACCGCGAAGCAUCUGGCGAGACUGGGCAUGCACGUGAUCAUAGCUGGAAACAAUGACAGCAAAGCCCGGGAAGCGGUGAGGAAGAUCCGAGAGGAGACCCUGAAUGACAAAGUGGAGUUUUUAUAUUGCGACCUGGCGUCCAUGAAGUCUAUCCGGCAGUUUGUCCAGAAGUUCAAGAUGAAGAAAAUCCCUCUCCACGUCCUGGUCAAUAACGCCGGCGUGAUGAUGGUGCCGCAGAGGGAGACGGAGGACGGCUUCGAGGAGCACUUUGGAGUGAACUACCUGGGCCACUUCCUGCUGACCCACCUCCUCCUGGACGACCUGCAGGCGUCGGGCUCCCCCGGCCGCAGCGCCAGGGUGGUGACCGUGUCCUCGGCCACACACUACGUUGGGGAGCUGGACUUGGACGACCUCCAGAGCAGUGGCGGCUACUCCCCGCACGGCGCCUACGCCCGCAGCAAGCUGGCCCUGGUCCUCUUCUCCCACCGGCUGCAGGUGCUGCUGGAGGCCAAGGGCAGCCCAGUGACCGCCAACGUGGCCGACCCCGGCGUGGUCAACACCGACCUGUACAGACACGUCUUCUGGGGCACGCGGCUCCUCAAGAAGCUCUUCGGCUGGUGGUUUUUCAAGACCCCGGAUGAAGGAGCCUGGACGUCUGUCUAUGCUGCCGUCUCCCCGGCGCUGGAAGGCGUGGGCGGCCGCUAUCUUUACAACGAGAAGGAGGCCAAGUCACUGGCGAUCACGUACGACCCGAAGCUUCAGCGACAGCUGUGGGCCCGGAGUUGCCAGAUGACCGGCAUCGCUGACAUGACCCGGGACACCUUGUGGGGAUAGCGGCCACGCCGGGAGGACCGCGUCGGCCCAGCGCUCGCAGGUGCGUCUGCGCUGGACCGCGCCUCUGCGUCCUUCCCGCCGCGCCCUCCAGACUGUGUCGGUCCGCAUCUUCCGCCGGCUGCUGCCGUGCGCUUUGCAGGAAGUGAAGAAGCAGAGGCGGCUGUGAGUGUGGCCCUGAGCCUCUGGUCCUCAGCCCCGAAUUGCCUGAUUCCCCAAAGGAUCGACGGUGCCGGGUGCCCUGUGUCAUUAAAUCCUGCCAGCCCCGUG